AUGGACGCCGAGGACCCCGUCAUCGCAUCCUACGAUGUCUUCCUAACCGACUCCCAAAUCUCGCGCUACGUAUUCCAAUACCCAGACCGCGACUGCGGCGAGCGCAACAAACGCAACACUGGCGGACCUUACGCCGAAUCCACGGGCCAAAAACCUUUGGUUCUGCGCCAAAAGCCUAAGACGGGGCUCGUCGAAAUCGACGUGCCGAUCAACACGUCUCCAGACUCGUAUGAUUUUAAUAAAGGACACAAAUAUGGCGAGGCGAUGAGUGAAAGUCGUGUGUUGAAGGGUGGCGGUGCGUUUGGGCUUGCCGGUGGGUUUAAUCCGAAUGCCGCGUCGGCGAGGGGCGUGAAGUUGGAGGGGGAGGAGGGAGGUGAAGAGGUUUCGUCAUCUGUGCUGGAAGCGAUGGCAGGGAAGUCUAAGACUCAGACGAUAUUGCGCACGCAGACGCUGGCGGGGAGGAUAAAGGAGCCGUAUGAUGGCGAGCCGUUGUAUAUGCUUGGCGCGUUUCGAGGGAGUAGAGAAUCUUUUUUUUCGCCUGUGUCUGCGGUGGUUCAGCUGCGGCCACAGCUGCACCAUCUUGAUGCCAUGGAAGAGACUUCCAAAGCGCGAGCCAUGCGGGGGAGAAAGGAUACGGAAGAGGAAGCAGCUGUCAGAGAGCCUGAGGCCCGGCCAGUUGAUGUCAAAGUGAAACCGGCCGAGGGUGGUGAGAGUGUUGUUUCCGGGAAUAUUGAGCUAUUGAAGAAUAUGCAGGAGGAGCGCUGGGAGUCGUUGGAAUGGGUUGAUGCCGAUACGGAAGAUGCAUGGGCUACAUACGAGAAUUAUAUGAUCCAUAACGAACCCGAGACUCUACCACAGCUGAAGUCUGCUAUUGACGGCGAGAGCUAUCUGGACGCGAUGAGUGCGCCACGUGUGGAUCCUGCUCACCCUGAAAUGACCGGAUGGGCGAUGAAGCAGAAUCGAAAGAAAAAAGAUGAGGCGGCUGAAUGAUCAACGACUAUGCAUUAGGCUUCAGCCUUUACGAUAUUCUAUUCUCUUUAUAGAAGGCGACUCAAGCCGACUCGGGGUUCUACAUAGACAGAGCAGUGACGUAUUCAUGGGCUUAUAAGCACUGACCCGAGCGGGGAAUGACAGUCUUUGAUUGUGGUCGGGAGGAGAUGCUGGCUGCUGAAGUAGUAGGGUGAAAUAUGAUUGCCUUUGCUGACCAUCCAGUCGAUGACUUUAAAUAAAAGCCAAGCAAGCCAUGAUCAUAGCUGCUAUUGACGUGCUUAUGGGGAUUGAGAGCUUUUGAUAUUAUUGGUGGUGAUAUUCUUUUCUGACGAUAUUGUAUACUAGGUAUAGAUUGAUUUAACGCAUCCACCUGAGCAGCUGUACAACCCAAUCCCGAUGCUAC